UGUCAUAUACAAUGAUGAUGGAGGUAGCCCCACAAGAAGUAUGUUUGGUAACUGAUACACCAGCCAUACCUGGAAUGGUAGUUCCAUUUUCCGGAUGUAUUAGUAAUGUUAGUUCCUUAACCUGGGAAAAUGAGACAUUUAUAUUGUAUGCUGACCGUGAAGAACAUGUUACAAAAUAUUGGAGUUCACAAAAUUUAAGUAUUCCCCAAUGGGAUUUGAAGUUAGAUAAACUACAUACAAUUAUGAAACAAUCCAAAGUUAUUGAAGAUCAUAUCAAAUAUCUAAAUCAAUCUAUUGUAACUCAUCAAGUGACAACAACAAUAAUUGCUGAUCAAUUACAGAAAAUUGGUUCUGAUGUCCAGGAUGCAACUUCUCAUCAUUGGUGGGACUUGUUUACUGGAUAUUCUCCGUCUGCAUCCAAUAUGCUAAAUUUUCUGAUACAUCCUGUUCUCAUACUGUGUACAAUAAUAAUAAUUUUAUCUAUUUGGAACUGUGUGGUAUUUUACCGCAUAUGUUGUAAACGACAAAAGGUUGUAAUGGCAAGUUAUGCGUUAUAAUUGGAAUCAGUCAAGGGCCGUUUGUGAUACGAGUGUGAUAUGAAAGGGUGAGAGUGGGGUUUUCUGACUGACUUCCAUUUUGUGCCGCAGUAACUAUGCCACAUAAUGACAAGAGAAUAGCAAGGGUGUUUGUCUUAUGAAAGGGUGUUUGUCUCAUGCUAGAAGAAGGAUUCUUAGAAUAGACAAGGACUCGUGUUGUUAUUUUCAGUUUGUUAUAGACAAGGACUCAAGUUGUCAUUUUCAGUUAGAUAAGAUGUUUCAGAACCUCCGGAAUGUACCCACAUAUGGAUAGAUUGUGUUUUUAGUUUUGUAUAAAGGACGGGGAAUGUUAGGGGAAUUUCGGAAUCCAACUGAGACGCUAGCAGACGUGCUGCGUGUGAAUACCGAAUUUCCCCUUGAGACGAUCGUCCUGAGAUUCCCCGAUCCAGAGUGCUCAAGUGAUGCUACAAUAUUCGCGGUGAUUGGAAGUCUGAAUCAGCUGACCACUGCGAGAGAAAGAUUGCAGGGUACCCACAGGGGAGAAUGGGAUGCACCGAGGACAGCACCACACACAAAGGAACUGACUGCAGGUACACCUACAUGAUCUCCACAGACCCGCACUCCAGAAACAAUAUUCCGAAGUAUGCAUAUGCAGAACACAACACUCUCUCCCGCCCCAGUGCUAAUCCUCGGGUUUGGGGAAAUGACAGAUGUGAAUUACCUCUAUGGUGUAAUCACAUUGGUUGGUUUCCUGAUGAUUUUUCUAUCUAACUGUACAGUGAUCACUACAAUACUGUGCACUAAGACCUUACAGGAACCCAUGUAUAUGUUUAUAUCAACGUUAUGCGCCAAUGGUCUGUAUGGCAGUAGCGCCUUCUUACCCAGUCUGUUCAUAGACCUUAUUUCCAAGUCUCAAAAUAUUUCAUACUCAGCCUGUAUCAUACAAGUGUUUUGCCUUUACACGUAUGCAGUAUGUGAGAUCACCAUGCUCGCGGUAAUGGCGUAUGACCGAUACGUGUGUAUUUGCAACCCUCUGCGAUACGUAAGAAUAAUGACCUUAGCCGCGGCAUACAAGCUGGUCUUUGCAGCCUGGGUCUACUCCAUCACAUUAAUUACCGCACAUGUUGUGCUGACGGCCAGACUUCCUCUUUGUGACAAUGUCAUCCUGAAGAUCUACUGUGACAAUUGGACAAUUGUGAGACUCUCCUGCAUUGAUACAACAGUCAACAAUAUCUUUGGUGUCUUUGUUACAGUAGCAUCAAUCGGGGUGAUGUCUUUACUAAUUGCUUUGUCGUAUAUUGAAAUUCUGAAGGUAUGUUCAAAAUCGAAGGACGUCCGUGAUAAAGCCAUGCAGACCUGUGCCCCUCAGCUGACAUCCAUUGUGGUUUUUGUCACUGGUUGUUUUUUCGAGAUUUUGCUCUAUCGCUUUGACCCAACCAGAGUUCCUUAUGGGCUCAGAGUAUUCAUGUCGGUGGAAGUUAUUGUGGUGCCACCACUGGUGAAUCCUCUCCUCUACGGUUUCAAAAUGAAGGCCAUCAAAGGUAGAAUUGGGCAUUUAUUUUACCUGUACAAACAUAAACUGCCAGCAAUAAAUGAAUAAUAAAAAUAAAUCCAUACCAUGUAAUGCAUUUUCGAGAGAAUGUAAAUUGACACAUUAGCGAAAGAAUUGGUCUACAAUUCAACCUACGUUAUGCAAAAGUUCAACAUUCAACAGUUUUACCGAAAUGCAAAAAUAUUUGCUGACCAUAAUAUGGUUAAAAUUGAACUAUCACUUUUUGAGUUUUUAGAGAGUUUAAAAAGGCAAGGUUAAAAAAAGAAAUGUCUUUUGGUGGCCCAGCCUAAGUUCAUUCAGUUCCCUGAGAACCAUAUUGAAAAUUGUAGUCUAAGAAUCGCUAACGAGCUGAAUCACAUCUGCUAGAAAGUUAAACUAACAUUUUUUACGUGUGUUUGAAGAUAGUAAUUCCAAAUGUUAUAAAAAUUAACUGUUUUGUAUAGCUGGAAAGGCUCGGUAGACCUUCCAAACAAGCAUUCCCAUCUAAAGGAAAUCCAUUAAUAAAAUGUAUAUUGGAAAGAGA